ACAUUCAUGUGUAAUCAUUAAGAGUUUGAACAUUUGUGUUCAAGCCCCGCCUCGGUGAUAGGAAUUGAUAAGAUUAAUUAGCCAUAUAUAGACUGCAGUGCCAACGCCUCUGCUUUUAAACGCAUUUAGCAGCUCAUAUCCGACAAUUUCGCUCUCGAGUUUUCACGAAGAGUAAGAAACUGAAAAAAACGUAGUCAUGGCGUCAGAAGUGCCCGCUGUGCUGCAAAAACUUUAUGGGUAUAUCGACCAGAAUAAGAAGACAUACAUUGAUAAUCUGCGUGAAGCUGUAGCUAUAAAAUCUGUGUCAUCAUGGCCAGAUUCUCGUGAAGAUUGUAUAAAGAUGAUGAAGUGGAUGCAGGAAAGAAUGCAGACACUUGGAGCCCAGACAGAAUUGGCUGCCAUCGGCAAUCAGACAUUUAUAGAUGGUAAAGUUCUAUCACUUCCUCCAGUUCUCUUAGGAUCAUUUCCGAAGGAUCCAAAAAAGAAGACAGUGCUGAUCUAUGGACACCUGGACGUCCAGCCAGCCCUCAUUGAAGAUGGCUGGGAUACAGAGCCCUUUGAACUCAUUGAGAAGGAUGGCAAGCUCUUUGGUAGAGGCAGCACUGACGACAAAGGUCCAGUUCUCUGUUGGUUGCAUGCUCUUCAGGCUUUCAAGGCCAUUGGCGAGGAAUUCCCUGUGAACUUGAAAUUCGUCUUUGAGGGGAUGGAGGAGAGUGGAUCAGAGGGCCUUGAUGAACUUCUCUGGGCGAAGAAGGAUUCUUUUCUCAAUGAUGUCGACUAUGUUUGCAUUUCUGAUAAUUACUGGUUGGGGACCACCAAGCCCUGCAUUACGUAUGGUCUUCGUGGUUUGACUUAUUUCCACCUUGAAGUUACCUGCGCCAAGGCUGAUCUGCACAGUGGCUCCUUCGGGGGAUGCGUUCACGAGGGCAUGAGCGAUCUUAUUUAUCUGCUCAAUACUCUGGUCGAUGUCAAUGGAAAAAUUCAGGUUGAGGGUAUCUACGAUUCCGUUGCUAAGUUGACCGAGGCUGAGCUGGCGAGUUACAAGGAUAUCGAGUUCGAUGUCAAGGAGUUCAAGACGUCAGUCGGUGCCAAUAAACUUGCCCACAAUGAGGACAAAACGCAGCUAUUAAUGCAUCGUUGGAGGCAGCCCAGUCUCUCCAUUCAUGGGAUCGAGGGAGCCUUCAGCGAGCCUGGAGCCAAGACUGUGAUACCGAGGAAAGUUGUCGGUAAAUUCUCAAUCAGAAUCGUUCCUGAUAUGAAAAUUGAAGAUGUUGAGGCCAAAGUAAAGGCACAUCUUGAAAAGGAGUGGGCGAAGAGAGGAAGUCCGAACAGCAUGAGGAUCAUUUUGGGGCAUGGAGGGAGACCCUGGACUGAGAAUCCAGAUCAUCCUCAUUAUAUGGCAGCCAGGAAGGCCACCAAGCACGUUUAUCAUGUCGAUCCGGAUUUGUCGAGGGAGGGAGGCUCCAUUCCAGUUACUCUCACCUUCCAGGAGGUCACUGGAAAAAAUGUAUUGCUAUUGCCAGUUGGCUGUGGAGACGAUGGAGCUCAUUCUCAGAAUGAGAAGCUCAAUAUUCAUAAUUACAUUCAGGGUACUAAAUUACUGGGUUCAUAUCUGUAUGAAGUCUCUCGCCUGUGAAAUACUGAUAUACCGCAACGUGGAUCUCGAGAUAACCUGGGAGUUUGAAAGAUGAGAAAUAUAUUUUACAUUUUUGUUAAUGUUUAUUCCUAAUAAAAUGGGCUUUAUAGAGGAAAUGAGUAGUCUCGAAGACGCUUUUAAUAAAAAAAAUACAAAAUUCA